AUGAUAACCAACAACACACAACAAGAAAGUAAGAAACCAAAGAAGAAGAAGAAGAAGAAGAAGAAGAAGAAGAUGUCUCUUGUAUCUUAUAUACUCAUCUUUUUCUUGAUCUCCUUUGUCAUGAUUCACUCAUCCAACGCCAGUGCCGUUCAAGACUUCUGCGUCGCAGACUUGGCCUUGCCGGAAAGCCCGGCCGGCUAUUCCUGCAAGAGUGUCUCUAAAGUCACCGUAAACGACUUCAUUAAGUCCCAGUUCCUUACAACCAACACUGCUAUCCCUUCUUUCAACCUCUCCAUUUCACUAGCCUCUGCUACCGAGUUCCCUGCUGUAAAUGGCCUUCAUAUUUCAGCCAUCUAUGUUGAGCUCGGUGUUGGUGGCUUAGCGCCUGCUCACGUUCACCCAGGAGGCAAUGAGUUCUCUGUUGUCACUCAGGGAACAAUAUUGUGUGGAUUUGUAUCAUCAGAUAAUAAUAAGGCUUACUUCAAAACUUUGCAGGCUGGUGAUGCAAUUGUUUUUCCUCAAGGUUUGGUGCACUUCCAGAUUAAUGUUGGGAGAACCCCGGCGAAAUUUAUUUCUAGCUUCAGUAGUGCCAACCCUAGGAUUGUUAUCAUUGCAUCUGCACUGUUUGGCAAUAACUUGCCUACGGAUAUUGUGAAGAAGGUGACUUUUCUUGAUGAUGCUGCGGUGAAGAAGCUCAAGGCAAUGUUUGGAGGGACUAACUAA